AAACGACAUCAGCCUUUCAGAAGAGGCAUGGGCCAAAAAAAAUCACAUGGAAGCAAGUACCAGCUCUAAAUCCAGGUCAAAAUAUUAUGCUGCCCCUACCUCAAUGCCUACACCAAGAAAAACAAAAAAAAGAGGUUGCAGAAUAGGUCCAGUUCCAGGAGGUCCAGUUCCAGGACCUGGUGAAAACUCGGACAAGGAACUCUCUGGCAAUGCUGAGGAGCCAUCAGAAGAGGCCAGUGAAGAUGGUGAUGGCAGUCAUGAAGCCACAUCAAGCACAAAAGCACAAGAGUCAGGGACACAGACUCUUUGGAAAAGGAAGGGGACUGAGGUUGUCAUUGCAACUGUUAGGACAAACAAUGGUAACUCAAUAAUUUGCCUGAGGCAUAAUGACCUCAUCUCACUAAGGCCACACAAUCUGCUUAAUGGUGAGGCAAUGGAGUUUUUCAUUCAAGCCACUCUUUCAAGGAUGGGGGGUGUGCGCCGACUGUAUGUGUUACAUCACUUCGUCAUUGGUGUAAUUUUGUUCGGAGAAACCUCACAAAUCUCAAGGCAAAGUUUAAAGACCGUGGACUUUGAUCAGUACGAUGGUGUGAUUGGAUUUGUUAAUGUAAACAACAACCACUGGAAGUUUGUGUACCUUCAUGCUCCAACAAGCCAAAUAUUCAUCAUUGAUCCUGCUGACCCUGGGAUUGAUCUGGAAGAGACCAGGAAAGCAGCAAAACGCUUCCGCAAAUACUUUAGGACAAGGUUUAAUCUAAACGGACAAAAGGAUUGGUUGACCUUGGCAUGGAAACCUGCCACCAUUUCCCACACAACACAGAGAGAUGGAACUAGCUGUGGAGUCUUUGUCAUGGAGAUGGCAAGACAAACAAUCCAUAGCUUUCCAGCAAUUCCAGAGGAACUCAACAUUGAUUCUCAAUGCAAAAACAUUGCACGUUUAAGAGAAGAUAUGGCAGAGGAGAUGCUUCUUGCCGCAGAGUCCAAAAUGGAUUUCUGCUGUCAAUGCGGAAUGAAAGUUCCUUCGGCCUUCGAAAUCCAAACAAAAGACAUUCUUUGGAUCGAAUGCGGAAAAUGCAACAGAUGGUUCCAUGCAUCUUGCCUUGGAAUGACAGCUGCCAGUGUUCCAGAGAAAGACACUGCAUGGUAUUGUGAAAUUUGCCUCUAAGAUAAUAGGGGUAUACAUAUUGGAAUAGUCAUGAAUGUUUGAAGAUUCAAUCAAAAAAUGUCUAAGUCUAUUGGUCAUAUGCUAUUCAUGACAGUUCUUGUUCUAUAUUGUUCAUGUUUAUCCUACAAAGUUGGAUCAUUUUGGGGCCAUACUACCCUCUAUGGUUUGAAAAAACGAAAGAAAGCGAAUAAGAAAAUUAAGCUCAACAAAAUUAAAGGGGAAAAAAUACAAAGUAAGGGGACAUUAUUUAACCACGGACAUGGGGUUACCAAAACAGGGGAAUGUCUAUUUUGACAACGAAUUUUUGAGAAAUUAUACCAUAAUGUUAUAAGAAAUACGGUCACUGGCAGCUACAUCAAAGCAUAAGAAAAUGUAUUUUUAUUCAUCACUGGGCUUUGUUUUUGUUUAAGAGAUAGCCUACAGCCAUAUUUACUAAUCUGUUAUUAAAAAAUGUCUUGUUAACAAUGCCUUUUGUGU